AUGGCUGCAAAUGGAAAGCAGACCUGUUAUGAGGGCAGGAUUCUCCAAAAUUACCAGGUAUACCUAGAACAGUCUGGACUGCACAAGCGCAUUCUCCAGGGUGUUCACCACAUCCUGCUGGGGGAAUUUAAAAGAAUUGGAGCCGGUAAAAGCAGUCUGGAUGUUCUUGGUGUCGGAAGUGGUGGAGGUGAGAUGGACACCCAGAUGUUGACUCUGCUGCAGUCCACAUUCCCUGCUGUCCAGAUCACUGCUGACAUUGUGGAGGGCAGCUCAAAACUUACUGACAACUUCAAAGCUUUGGUAGCAAAGACCGCCAACCUUCAGAAUAUCUCCUUUGCUUGGCAUUUGAUGAACAGUGAAGACUAUGAGAGGCAAGUCAAAGCAAAAGGAGACAUGAAGACAUUUGACUUCAUACACAUGAUUCAGAUGAUCUACUAUGUGGAUAACCUCGCCGACACCAUCAAGUUCUACCACAGCCUGCUGAAGAACAAUGGCAGGCUUAUGAUCAUCGUGGCAGCCACUAACUGUGGCAGUGACACCCUGUGGAAGGCUUACAAGAAGGAGCUCUGGGUAGACUCCAUCACAGAUUGGCGCUCAUCAGAGGACGUUAUCGCCUGUCUAAAGAGCCUGGGUCUAAAAUACGAGGAGCACGCCAUUCCCAAUGCCUUCGACAUCUCUGAGUGCUUCAAUCCAAACAGUCAGAUCGGAGAACAUCUGCUUAAUUUCAUAACAUCCAAAGAUCACUUCUACCAGUCCUUCACCCCAGAGAUCAGAGCGGGCAUGUUGGACGUUCUCAGGACCAAGUGCAGCACUGAAAAAGAGGGCGGGGUAUUCUACAACAUCAAAAAAAAAGAAAUACCGUUUUUAAUGACACAAAACCAAUUUUCCUCAGACUGCCUCUACUGGACAGUAGAGGCAGUUGCAGUGACGACUGAAUCACUAACUGGACAGAAGGAGCAGGUGCAGGAAAAGGCCGGAUCAGGUUCCUGGAUAGUUGUGCCAUGUGUACCGCACUGCCAACUGGUAUCUGUUUAA